CCCGCCGGCCGCGGCGCCAGGCGGCAAGCUGGGCCUCGGGGUGCGCUCCUCCGGCCGGGCUCGGCAUGAAGCUUACGCGGCUGCUGCGCGGGGCCGCCUCGGCCCGCCCGCGCCCUGGGCGGCGCGCUGCUCACCCCAACGCCAGCCGUAGUUUUGCCUCGGACUCCGGCUCCGGGCCCGCGUCGGACCGCAGCGUUCCGGGCCAGGUGGACUUCUACGCGCGCUUCUCGCCGUCGCCGCUCUCCAUGAAGCAGUUCCUGGACUUCGGAUCAGUGAAUGCUUGUGAAAAGACCUCAUUUAUGUUUCUUCGGCAAGAGUUGCCUGUUAGAUUGGCAAAUAUAAUGAAAGAAAUAAGUCUCCUUCCAGAUAAUCUUCUCAGGACGCCAUCUGUUCAAUUGGUACAAAGCUGGUAUAUCCAGAGUCUUCAAGAGCUUCUUGAUUUUAAGGACAAAAGCGCUGAAGAUGCUAAAGCUAUUUAUGACUUUACAGAUACUGUGAUACGGAUCCGAAACCGACACAAUGACGUCAUCCCCACCAUGGCUCAGGGUGUGAUUGAAUACAAGGAGAGCUUCGGAGUGGACCCUGUCACCAGCCAGAAUGUGCAGUACUUUUUGGAUCGUUUCUACAUGAGUCGCAUUUCAAUUAGAAUGUUACUCAAUCAGCACUCUUUAUUGUUUGGGGGAAAAGGAAGUCCAUCUCAUCGAAAACACAUUGGCAGCAUAAAUCCAAACUGUGAUGUAGUUGAAGUUAUUAAAGAUGGCUAUGAAAAUGCUAGGCGUCUGUGUGAUUUGUAUUAUAUUAACUCUCCUGAACUAGAACUUGAAGAAUUAAAUGCAAAAUCACCAGGACAGCCAAUACAAGUGGUUUAUGUACCAUCCCAUCUCUAUCACAUGGUGUUUGAACUUUUCAAGAAUGCAAUGAGAGCAACUAUGGAACACUAUGCUGAUAAAGGUGUUUACCCUACUAUUCAAGUUCAUGUCACACUGGGUAACGAGGAUUUGACUGUGAAGAUGAGUGACAGAGGAGGUGGUGUCCCUUUGAGGAAGAUUGACAGACUCUUCAACUACAUGUAUUCAACCGCACCGCGGCCCCGUGUGGAGACGUCCCGAGCAGCACCCCUGGCUGGUUUUGGUUAUGGGUUGCCCAUAUCACGUCUGUAUGCACAGUACUUCCAAGGGGACCUGAAGCUGUAUUCCCUGGAGGGCUACGGUACAGAUGCUGUUAUCUACAUUAAGGCUUUGUCAACAGACUCAAUCGAAAGACUCCCCGUGUAUAACAAAGCUGCCUGGAAGCAUUACAACACCAACCACGAGGCUGACGACUGGUGUGUCCCAAGCAGAGAACCAAAGGACAUGACGACGUUCCGCAGCGCCUAAUGCACUUGGGACACCUGGAAAGUCCAAGUGCGGUUUUGGUGUUAAAUUUGGAAGAGAUGUUGUUCAGAACUAUAUUAUACCAAAUACUUCAUGUGUCAUUUUCACAAUUAACUCUGGGUAGAAUAAAUGGAAAAUGAAUUCUACUUGUGCCUGUUAAACCUCCUAAAGGAGAAAGGUAUACCUAUUUUACAUGUAUAUUUUCACAGUUAAUUGAACAUAUUUUUUAAACAAUUGUAGUUUUAGUCCACUUAUUCUUUAUGGUAGACUUCAGAAAUGUGGAAGUCUUUGGGUUUAUAUAAGAAGUGGGUAGUUUUUUUUUUUAAAUAUGUUUCACUUAUGUCUGCUAGAAACAUAUUCUAAAUAAUACUGAUUAGCUGGUUAGUUAUUUGGAGUUCUGCCAUCCUUUAUUUAGUACUGGUAAGAUGCUCUUGGUGUUUAUCAGUGACCGACUACAAGUAAAGCAGAACACAGUUGUAGGUGUAGAACCAGCCUCUCAGCAUCUACGUGCAUUGUCUUAGCUCUAAAUUCAGUUGUAUAAUUUGAUUGAAAUAGGUGUUAAUGACUAGCUUCCUGUGACUCUAGGGCAAGAUCAUGGCAGUCUGUUCCAAGUGUGCUUGUGAUGAAUGCUGGGGGAACAAACUAGCAGCUACUAAAGUGAUAGAGAAUAUAUUCAGGGCAAGCAUCAAGUCCUCAAAACUGAAUUAAUAAAUUGCUGCGAUUACCUGGGGGAGCUUUUGAAAACAGUAGGGCUUUUCUGGGUCCCAAUCCAGACAUAAUCAGAACUUCUAGGACUGGAGCCCAGGAUUCUGUUUUUAAAACAUUUCCAAUGUGAGUCUGAUUUUUAGUGUACUGCUCUUUAGGUUUUGGUUUCCACUUGAUUAAAGGUCAGAUUUCUAGACUGAUCUCAGACCUGGUGCAAUUAAACACACUAUUAGAAGCAAGAGAAGAAAAUACUGUAGGAGAAUUGUUUGGUACCAAAGGAUCACCUUAUUUUUAGUUUAAGAGGCAAGAAAGAACAUAUAUUUUCUAAAAGUAUUCAGAUUCUGUUAUCAGGGAAAACUCAACUUGUAUUUAUUAUAAUCCUUUGCAUUUGUGUAGUAAUUUGUAAUGUACAAAUACUUUGAGAUAUUAUUAUAACUUUUAUUUUUUGGUACUGGGGCUCCAACUCAGGACCUUGCCCUUGUGAGGCAGGCAGCAGCACCACUGAGCUAAAUCCUCAUCCCACUCUUUAUCUUUUAAGGGAAAUUCAUUGAAACUACACAUUUUAUAUAUGUAUCAAGUCAUCACACUGUGCCCCUUAAAUAUGUAGUUUUUCUUUAAGUCAAAUCAUAUAGCACAAAAUAGAAUUCUUGCACCUAUC